CGGUUGCUUGUAUUACGCCCUAGGGUCGGUUAGAAGCGUGCCGAAGUAUUUUAUACUGCCACAAGUGAGCGGAUCGCACGCGUAAACUUGACAGCACAAAUGGAUGUAGAAAUUUUAAAACCCGUUAUGAAUGCUCAACGCAGUGCUAAAAAGGAAACAAAGAAGUUUGUUUUGCCUUGCAGUCUAAAAAACCACUUAUGGAAAAGAUGCGUCGAGCAAGAAUUAAUGACAGUCUGAACGAAUUGAAAACUCUUGUAUUGGAGGCGAUGAAAAGAGAUGUGUCAAGGUAUUCCAAAAUGGAAAAGGCCGAUAUUUUGGAAAUGACUGUGAAAUACCUUCGCUCAUUGAACACUGAGAGGACUUUGCAUAUUAAGCAACACCAAGAAGACGCUUCUGCAAUCGCUAAGUAUCGAGCAGGGUUCAACGAGUGUGCUGCCAAAGUUUCUCAAUUCCUGAUGACAGCAGACAAUAUUACUGUCCCGGUUCGCACACAGCUCCUAUCACACUUAGCGUCAACCUGUCAGCAGCAAAAAGACCCUCAUCAUUCCCCCACCGAUAUGUCAGUCUCGCGACAACAAGCCCACGCAACGCUGUCGUCAUCUUUUCCCGCCACUAAACCAAAAGUUGGCGCGAACACGGCUUUCGCCGACGGAAGUAUGGCAACAAAAUUCCCUUCACCACCUUCGUCACCUCUUCACAACCAUUCAGAAAGGAAAUUACUGCCUUUUCCGCCAACGAUGUCGCCCUCUAUGUCACCCUUUAUGCUUAGUAAUGGUAUUCCAGCCUUGAUCUUACCAAAUGACACUGCAUUGCAACUUCUACCUUUAACCUUACCCGCAAAUGCCUCUACUGCAUUCGACACAUCUUUGUGGAGACCUUGGUGACGCUAGCCCAGCGUUACAAUCAAUUUUUUCGGUAUCAUGUACCUAUCUCAAAUUGCUCUCCGAGCGGAAAUGAAUUUCUGGAGUGUCUUUAAAAUGAGGGUCGCUUGGAUUAGUCGAGCUAUUAAAACUACUGAAUAUUUAUUAAGAAUUGUGCUAGAGGUAUAUAUAAUUUUUGCAACGAAAAGCUAUGUAUAAUUACGAAUAAAAUAUAACUUGAAUACGUGAAGACGUCA